UUAUCGCAAUGAUGCGCAGCGGUUGAAAAUCGCGCUCGCGUGACUGGCUGACAAGGCAGGAGAAAUGAUUAUUAAGAUGAAACAAGUGAGAAAAAAAAAAGUAAGGUUUUUUAGACUCCGUGCUGAUAGUGGGUGGUGUCGUGAUAAGAAGGUUCGGUGAUGGAAUCGCGAUUGUGAUGGAGGGUGGCCCGGGGGAAAGCGAGAAGCAGCCUGCCUAUAAAGACACCAUGGCGACUGGCUGCUCUUUUUUGCUUCUCGAACUGGAACUAACACUUUGUUCAUCGAGAUGCGAAUCUACCCGAUACCCCAAGGGCAACAGAAAUCACGUUCGUGAGGACGGACAGGGCUCUCUCCAGGAUUUUCCUCGGCAACUGGUCUGGGGUCGGAGAAUGCGGAGAAAGAAAGAGGAGAUGGUUCGAAACCACCAGUCAAAUAGCCUCACUUUAUCGGCGCUCUCGGAGUUCGGGCAGGAGGAGAUGAAUUUCGACACUUGUUUAGAUGAUAACAAUGAGUUUCAGCCAUGCCCCGGUCGAUCGAUAGGGCAUUCCACGACGGUGAUUCGAUUGUCUCACUCGCAACCCCCCUUUCUGAUUGAUGACUGUGAGGACAGAUUGCAGGGUUGCAGGUACGACCCAAAUGUUAGACGUGGUUCCUUAUCUUGACAGCCGUCCUCAACGGAUGUCAAUCUGCAGAGUUAUCAAGGCGAUCGAAACCUUCGGCGACUGAGACGGCCAAAAAAAGUGGUGAUGGAUGAACUCGAUGGAGGUUUCCUGUAGGGGAAAC